ACGUUGUAAUCAUUUUGUUUUGUGUUUUUUAGACCCUUAUGUCGUAUUGCGACUGGGUGCAAAACACCCACACUUCUAGUUGUUCAGCUUAUUUUUAUUUUACCCAAAUACUUCUGUUUAAGUAAUAAAUAUGUCGUCAGGAAACAACACGGCGCAGUAUGUUGGGCCUUACAGAUUGGAUAAAACGCUCGGGAAAGGACAAACAGGAUUAGUUAAAAUGGGCAUUCACUGUUCAACUGGAAAGAAAGUCGCAAUUAAAGUUGUCAAUCGGGAAAAACUGAGUGAGAACGUUAUAAAUAAAGUGGAAAGAGAAAUAGCAAUCAUGAAGCUUAUUGACCACCCUCAUAUACUGGGAUUAUAUGAUGUCUAUGAAAACAAAAAAUAUUUAUAUCUGAUACUUGAGCUAAUAUCAGGAGGGGAAUUGUUUGAUUAUCUCGUAAGAAAAGGCCGUCUUACUCCAAGAGAAGCAAGACAUUUCUUCAAACAAAUUGUUUCCGCUGUUGAUUUCUGUCAUCACCAUAAUGUGUGUCAUCGUGACCUGAAACCUGAGAAUCUUCUUCUGGACGAGAAGAACAACAUCAGAGUAGCGGAUUUUGGAAUGGCAUCGUUACAACCUGAGGGUUAUUUACUUGAAACUAGCUGUGGUUCUCCACAUUAUGCUUGUCCUGAAGUUAUAAGGGGUGAAAAAUAUGAUGGAAGAACUGCUGAUGUUUGGAGUUGUGGGGUCAUACUGUUUGCUUUGUUGGUUGGCGCGCUUCCAUUCGACGAUGACAACUUACGCCACCUACUAGAGAAAGUGAAGCGAGGAGUUUACCAUAUUCCCCACUUCAUUUCACCCGAUGCGCAAAACUUACUGCGUGGUAUGAUUGAAGUGAGGCCUGAGAAACGACUUACGUUACAAGCGGUUCUCAACCACAAGUGGAUGUUAGUGGGUGACAUGAAUGGGGUGCUUGACCCUGGGAAGUCCCUUGGCCCCUCCACCCCCGUAGAAUGCCUCCCCAUCAACGAGGAGGAUGAUGCGGACCCCGACGUUCUCGUCUCUAUGAGCUCACUUGGAUGUUUCCGGGAUCGAUCGAAACUUAUCCAAGAUCUCAUGUCUGACGAACAAAACACAGAGAAAGUCGUUUACUACAUGUUGCUGAGGAGGAAGAAACGACAUCCGAGUUUUGAUGAUGAUGCUGAUCUCCUCCCAUGUAAACAUCCAGAUGCUCCAAGGAAGCGAGUUGACUCUACGUCAUCAAGAUCAUCUUUAUCGAGCAGUAGUGGUGAUGUGAGCACAGCAUCAGGAGGGAGGACUUCAUCUGCCGGAUCGCUGGGAAGUGGAGGCGGGAGGGAAGGAAGGAGGAAGUUGUCAGCGGAAACAUUGUGCAACACUGAUCGCUCGUCCAGUGCGACAAGGAAGAACAACACUGUCCACCAAAGAUCACGCAGUUUGACGGGUGAACGUGACUCACACAUGACAUCCAGUGGUAGCAGCACCAAUAGUCGGAUGGGUCAAGUCUCCUCUCAUCACCCACAAAACCAAUCAACCACGACCGGGUCAAAUCAGCCCCCAGUUCAAGCGAUCUCAGGUUCGCAAACCCCAACCCCCCCAAGCUCACCCAGUAACCCAUGGCGACAGCGGCUAAACAGCAUCAAGAACAGUUUCAUUGGUUCUCCGCGUUUCCACAGAAGAAAAAUGCAUGCUCCAUCAUCUGAAGACGUGAACAAUCCCUCACAUAUGUCGCCUUCUAUGGAGUUAACGAAGCGUUCAUGGUUCGGCCAGUUCAUCAGCGGUUCUUCUUCCAAUGUAGUUGCACGGGAAAGAGAGGACGCUCCACUCACACUGGUCAUGAACAACAGAACGCUCAACAAUGUCAAAGCUGACCUAAUUCAUACUUUCCUUACUAUUGCAAACCUCACCCACAGUGUGGUGGGACCCAUGAAGUUCCGAUGCGAGUACCGACCCCAGGGGUCAGGGGGUCACUCCAUGUUCCCGGGAAAACUCGUCAAAUUUCAAGCUGAUAUUAUAAGAAUGCCAUCCACUGGAUUGACACCCGAUGGCGACCACCCACCCAAAUCAUCCCGUAGUACUUAUGGCAACUAUCAUGUGUCUUUUGUUUUGUUAUCAGGACCAAACCGACGAUUUAAAAGAGUAUUAGAACUUAUUCAAAUCCAACUAGCAGCUCAUCCGUUUGUACCACAGAGUAAACCAGCUGGCGACAUCAGCGCUUACUCGCGCGAGUUGCAACAACUUUGCACUUCUGCUGUUAAUUUACAUAAUAAUGACGUCAUUCAGCACAAGUGACGUCAUUGUUAACCCUUCAGUUCCAAAACAGAAACCUCGCUUAUUAUAAUAAGCGAACAAUCAUAUGUUUUCAACGUUUUAUUUUGUUGCAAUUUUUAGCACGAGUGCAAUUUUAGCAAAAUUUUCCAAGCGUGGUGCGUGAAAUGUAAUGAUUGCCGAAUAUUGUUAGCUAUUAUGAUGUUAUAUUUUAAAGAACUGUGAUUUAGGCCUGGUGUUAUGUUGUUCUAAUGUUGUUUUGCACGAUGUGUUUUAUUGGUGCUUUUACACAAUUCCUCACGCCGUACUAACGUUCCCACCAAAAGACAAACUGCCACUUUUUCGUUCACUGUUUUACCUUUUAUUACACACUCGUUGAAAAUCACGUGACAUUCUUCACCUUUGAACUGUGUUCUUCAAACAAUCACUCUCUGUGACGUCAUAAGUGUUCAUUGUUUUCUUCCAUUGUUUUGUUGGUGUCGUUUCGUUUGAAGUUUAUCCAAAUAAAGGAACAAUAUACACAUUAGUAUAUGAAGAA